GGCGGGGCUGGGGAGGAGUGAAAGGGCGAGGCAGGGCAGGUGAGGCGAAGCGAACGUCUGGCUGACCGGGGCGCGGAACCGCCCGACCAUCCGUCGGAGCGCGCCAUGCUGAGCCCUGCUGCUGUGCGGCUCUUCGGCUGGGCCCCGAGGGCCGCGCCCGCGCUCCGCUGGUGCCGGGUACCUCGUGGCCGAAGCAGUGAACUGAAAAGACGCCUGAAGGCUGAGAGAAAAAUUGCUGAAAAGGAGGCAAAACAUAAAGAACUAAGUGAAAAGCAUCCAAGUAAACCUUUGGCUGCUGAUUCAGAGAAUAACAUUGGUGCCGAUGAGGAAAGCUUGGAUCCAAAUCAAUAUUACAAGAUCCGUAGUCACGCAAUCCAGCAGCUGAAGGGCACCAAUGAAGAUCCCUACCCCCACAAGUUCCAUGUGGACUUAUCUCUCUCAGAUUUUAUAGGGAGGUACAGUCACUUGCAGCCGGGAGAUCACUUGACAGACAUCACAGUGAGAGUGGCAGGUCGUAUCCAUGCAAAGCGUGCCUCUGGAGGGAAACUGAUUUUCUAUGAUCUUCGUGGUGAAGGAGUCAAGUUGCAGGUCAUGGCGAAUUCCAGGCUUUACAAGUCUGAGGAAGAAUAUUUCCGUAUUAACAACAAAUUGCGUCGUGGGGACAUUAUUGGUGUAGUGGGGAAUCCUGGGAAAACAAAGAAGGGAGAACUGAGUAUUAUUCCUUAUGAAGUAACUCUUUUAUCUCCAUGCCUACACAUGUUGCCUCAUCUUCACUUUGGCCUCAAAGAUAAGGAAACUAGAUAUCGACAGAGAUAUUUGGAUUUAAUUCUUAAUGAUUAUGUGAGGCAGAAAUUUAUAACCCGUGCAAAGAUUGUGACAUAUAUUCGGAGCUUUCUGGACGAAUUGGGCUUCCUUGAGAUUGAAACUCCUAUGAUGAAUAUAAUUCCAGGUGGAGCUAUGGCAAAACCUUUUAUCACAUACCACAAUGAGCUGGAUAUGAAGUUGUAUAUGAGAAUCGCUCCGGAGCUUUACCAUAAAAUGUUGGUGGUUGGAGGUCUGGACAGAGUAUAUGAAAUUGGACGUCAGUUCCGGAAUGAAGGAAUUGAUUUAACUCACAACCCUGAGUUCACAACUUGUGAAUUCUACAUGGCUUAUGCAGACUACCAUGAUUUGAUGGAAAUCACAGAGAAAUUGCUUUCAGGGAUGGUGAAGCACAUUACUGGAAGUUACAAGAUCACUUACCAUCCAGAUGGUCAAGAUGGACAGGCCUAUGAGGUGGAUUUUACCCCUCCCUUCCGGCGCAUUAGUAUGGUGGAUGAACUGGAAAAGACUUUAGGAGUGGAAUUUCCAUCAACUGAGUCUUUUGAAACUGAAGAAACUCGAAAGUUCUUUGAUGAUCUUUGUGCAGUGAAAAAUGUGGAGUGUCCACCUCCUAGAACAACAGCCAGGCUUCUUGACAAAUUAGUUGGUGAAUUUCUCGAAGUCACUUGUAUCAACCCAACUUUCAUCUGUGAUCAUCCACAGAUCAUGAGUCCUCUAGCCAAAUGGCAUCGUGUUUGUCGGGGACUAACAGAACGCUUUGAGCUCUUUGUGAUGAAGAAGGAAGUGUGUAAUGCAUACACAGAACUGAAUGAUCCUUUCCAGCAGCGGCAGCUUUUUGAAGACCAGGCCAAGGCAAAAGCUGCGGGUGACGAUGAAGCCAUGUUUAUUGAUGAAAACUUCUGCACUGCACUGGAGUAUGGCCUUCCCCCUACAGCCGGUUGGGGCAUGGGAAUCGAUCGCUUCACCAUGUUCCUUACUGAUUCCAGUAACAUCAAGGAGGUGCUGCUGUUCCCAGCGAUGAAGCCGGAGGACAAGAAGAAGGAGGGACAGCCCGAGCAGCCGGCCGAAGGCACCUCUGUGUGAAGCCCGGGGCGGGCCAUGAAUAAACGCAGCGGUGUCCGCCGUGUGCCUGUU